AUGACUGUAAAAGAAGGAACAAUUUGUAGCUUAAUACAAUCCUUCCCUGUUUUCCUAAUACUAGCUCAGAAUGCCCAAAAGUGUUUGAAAACUCCUUUAGUCUACAAACCUCCAAGCCCCACUCAUUCUCCUGAAUACUACGAAGCUUUGGACGCGUUAUUCCAGAGUUUGUAUGGACAUGGACAUCAAGGGCAUGUGCCAACAUAUCAGAGCUACCCUGUCCACCAAACGCCUAGCGUAUCCUGUCAGUAUUCUUAUGGGUACGGAAAAAAGUGGUCAUCCUCUUCCCAUGGAGGUUCAAAACCAUGCUACCAGUAUGUUUACACCAGUGGUACUGAUUACCACACUUACGGUACUGGAUUACAAGGAUAUCCUAGCUACGGGUCUUAUGGACUGAAGAAAGGAAACAUAUAUGCCCUGAACGGAAAUAUCACGACGACAGGAUACGCUCCCAACCAAGUUUAUAACACCAAGAAUCGAUAUCAGGUGGUAGUUAAGAAGACCAGGGUUGGUAACAGGAAGAAGAAUAGGAAGCUGCAAGCAGAUACAUCACCAACAUCACAACAUCAGCCCUAUACUAUUCAGAUUCUUCUGAGAAAAGCCCUCUUCUCACGAGAAUAG